AUUUUGUGUGACCUUUGAUUUGCAUUUUUAUUUUAAAAAAUGUAUGUAUUCAUUAGUAGCAUAUGGUAAUACAUGCUAAACCUAAAUGUGAAGAACAUGACCCUCCUCUCACUGAGUCAUUACCUCGCAGGUCACCUGGACACAUGUCUCACAGAGGAGCACAUCCUGCGAUGUGUGGCUUUAAAUAUAGGUAUUUGUCUUCCAGGAAAGGGUCGGAGGGAAAACAAAACUAUUGAUCAUAGAAGGCUGGCCCCCGAGGCAGCAGCACACAGACAUACCUGCACAGGAGGAUGGCUCUGUCACAGGCUGAACCGAAACCUGGAGACCUGAUUGAGAUUUUCCACAUACUAGGCAUCGCGCACUGGGCCGUCUACGUGGGGGAUGGCUACGUGGUGCACCUGGGACCUCCAAGUGAAAUCGUGGGAAUUACGUUGGCCAAACUCAUGGUCUCCGGGUCCGAGGGGGCCAUAGUGAAGAAGGAGCUGCUGUCCAAAGUGGCUGGGAAACGCAAGUACCGUGUCAAUAACAAGCAUGACCGGAAGUACUCUCCGAGGCCUCCCAGGAAAAUUGUGCAGCAGGCGGAGGAGCUGGUGGGGCAGGAGAUGUUCUACAAGCUGACCAGCGACAACUGUGAGCACUUCGUGAAUGAGCUGCGCUACGGAGCCUCCCGCUGCGAUCAGGUCACCGAAGCGCUCCUUGCCGCCUUGAGGGUAGUUGGCCUGAUUAUACUGGGCAUGGCAGUCGGCAUACAAGCUGGCGUGGCAGCGGGCAUACCAGCUGGCGUGGCAACAGGCGCAGCAGUGGGCAUACCAGUUGGCAUGGCAGCAGGCAUCAUCGGAACGGGUGCGGUCAUCAUGGGCAUCCACAGGACCCUGCAGAACUGAGGCGAGCACAAAAGCGAAAUUGAGGAAGAGGCAAGGAAUAGAGGGAAACAAAAAUGGGAGAAAUUCAUCAGUAGCUGUCUCCUGCACGCUUCCUACUGGGGACCAAGCAUCCGGGAAUUGAACCUGAGACCCCUUGGUUCAUGGAUCAACACUCAAGCCACACGGGCCAGGCCAGUCAGCCUGCUUUUCAUGGAGCUAUAAAAGCACAGGAAGAUUUAAUUGGGGAAAUACGGCUGGUGUGAAUGCGAUUAAAGACACAGUUGGGCUCUG